AUGAAGCCUGACAAGACCGAGACCAAAGUGCAGGCAGAGGUCGUCCCUGUCGACAGCGACCAUGAACAGCAGGUGGACCACGGUACGCCGUCGGCGCCGCCCAAGGAGACGGAAAUCCCGCUCCGCAUCAAGCUCAUCGCCGUCAUUCUUGUCAGCCUCAUCGGAUUCGGCUCGCACUGGAGCAGCGGUGUCACGGGGGCCAUGAAGAGCACCAUCAAAAAGAAACUCCACAUCAACAAUGCCCAGUACGCCGUCCUCGAAGCCAGCGAGGACUUCAUGAAGACGGCCCUGAUCCUCGUCAGCGGCCUCGUCACCGAUCGCAUCGGCGGUGCCAACGCGCUCCUCUACGGCAACGCCGUCUACUCCCUCGGCGCCAUCCUCAUCGCCGCCGCCGCCACGGUGCGCAGCUACCGGUUCAUGAUUGGCGGCGUCAUCAUCCAGGCCCUCGGCGACAUCGCCACCCAGGUCGCCCAGUACAAGGUCUUCUCCUCGUGGUUCGCGCCCUCCAACGGCUUCGCCUCGACCCUCGGCCUCGAGCUCGGCCUCGGCAAGAUUGGCGGCUUCGUCGGCAAGGCGACCGCCAACAUCAUCGCCAAGCGCACGGGCGACUUUUCGUGGGUGUACUGGUGCGCUGUCUUCAUGAACCUCUUCACAAACGUCGCGACACUGGUCUUUUGGUGGUUCACGCGCUGGAGCCACCGCACCUACGCCCCCUCUGCCGAUCCCGCCACGGGCGAGGCCCUGACCGAGAGCAACAAGAAGUUUGAAUGGGGCAAGAUGCUGCGUCUGCCGUGGUCCUUUUGGCUCGUUGCCGCGUUUACGCUCUUUCAGACGUCGACCGCCUCCGUCUUUACCCAGAAUGCCACCGAGCUCGCGCAGCAGCGCUUCAACGUCACGGCCGAGACGGCAGGUUGGUACUCGGCCAUGUCGCAGUACCUCGGCUUCUUCCUCGUUCCGCUGCUCGGCGUUUUUAUCGACGUCUUGGGUCAUCGAGUCAGCAUCAUGGCCGUGUGCGGCGCGUGCAUGCUCCUCUCCAUGAUCCUCGCCGCUUGGGGACCAACCGUACGCGGCACGGCGGCGAGUUUUGGCGUCUACGCAUUUGCGUCCUCGCUAGGACCGACGGUCAUUAUCGACAGCAUCCGCACGACCAUGUGGUACCAAGAAAUCUUCGGAUCGGGCUAUGCCAUCAAAAAUGCCAUCAACAACGCCAUGAACAUCAUCAUCCGCAUCAUCACGGGCGUCAUUCAGGAUCGUGAUAACAACAGCUACGAUAGAGUCGUUGUUGUAUACGUCUUUCUGUCCGUGGGAUCUGUCGCUGUCGCUAUAGUCUUGUUGGUUUGGAGCCAGUUUGAUGUCAUUCUCGGCCGAUUGCAAUGGACGAGGAAACAGAGACUGGCAAGGGGCCAUUUGAUCAACGAGAGGAAGGAUCAAUUUGAGCAGGACGAGAAUGCAGAGCGGAAUCGCCGCGUCAGCUUGUGCUGCUUUGGGGCAACCAUUUGCCUUAUUCUCGGCGCCUGGGUGGCAUACUUUUGGGGCGUGGCCACCGGCAACAAUUAG